AUGGCGGGCGUCUUUCGAUUCUUGGAGGCCGCGUGCCUCACCGCGUUUGAUGUGGCGCAGGGCGCCGUUUCUGGAGGGCUGGACCCCCUCUGCAGCAGCUGGAGGAAGCUCACAUUUGAUGAGCUGCUGUUUGAGAUGGGGCGGGGGGUGCUGAUGGGGGCGCUGGAGGGUCUCCUCGGGGAGGAGGAGGGGGCUGUGGUUGUCGGUGGGGAGGAGGGAGUGGUGGUGUCUCUGGAGGGGGGAGAGGAGAGGGAUGAGGAGGAGGGGGUGGUAUUUGUUGGGGGAGAGGAGGGGGCAGUGUUUGUUGGGGGGGAGGAGGGAGAGGUGUUUGUUGGGGGGGAGGAGGGAGAGGUGUUUGUUCAGCGGGAGGAGGGGGUAGAGGAUUCCUUGGGAGAGGGAGAGGAGAGGGAGGAGGAGCUGGGACGGGCCCAGGAGGAGGGCCCGGAGGAGAGCGGCAGAGCACUUUUUGAGGAGGAUGCCGACCAGCAGGCGGCACCCUCGGCUCUCGCAGGGGUCGCUGACUCCCCAUCCGCUGCCCCCCUGGUUUCCUUCGGCCCCGAGCUCACACACGAUGAGAGCCAGGGGGACAGCGACAGGGCAGGGGAGGCGCCCUUCGAGGUGUCCACAGCGGAGGACGCGGCGAUCUUCAGCGGGGACGCGUUUGCGCCCGCUCAGAUCCCGUCAGGGUUCGGAGGGAUCUCCUCAGAUCCUGAUUUCGACUUUAGCCCCGCCUCCUCUGCUAGUCAGCUUAGGUCGCCGCGCUCCUCUCCCACAGUCGUUCCGCCCGUCCCCGUAGCUCAGGACCUCGUAGCGCAGGACUCAGUAGUGCAUGUUUGGACAGAGGUCAGCACGGUGCCCCUUGCUGAUGUGGAGUCCCGGUCAGCUGGGUUCAGAGCACACCGCAGCUCUAUGCUGAUGGCACUGGAGGAGAGCAGGAGCGUGGUGACUUUGGGGGGGCAGGAGAUUGGGUCAGAGUGGUUCAGGGGGCCCGGCACGGCGCUGCUGCGCGACUGGAUGCAGGGGGAGCCAAGCACAUCGGCCGCCACUACCCCCGCGGCAAUCUCUGCCGCCAGCGCCAGACAGGUUGCUUCCCCAGCAGCCGUCCAGGCCGCGGGGACGCUCAAGUACAUCGGCAACAUUACGCUGGUGCACUGCCUGGGGGAGGGGGGUCAAGGGGAGGUUUGGUCGGCCAUGUGCUUCGACGACGACGGCGAGUGCUUCAUGGCCGCCGCCAAGUUCGCCGGCCUCUCCCGGGGAGGGACACCACGAGGGAGCUGUUCGAGGAGCGCAUCUAGUCCCCCCCCCCCGGCAAAGGAAGAAGAACAAACAGAUGUGAAGAACAUCUAA